GAGACAAAAACGAGGCGUUUUGGUUUCCAGCAGCUCUGAAAGAACUGACAGCAGCAGGUUCAGGCUGUGCUGCGCCAAGAGCUCUCCAAAAGCGUGACGUUCAUGGAGGAUCAGAGCGCGCAACCCUCUCUCUCUCUCUCUCUCUCUGAGUCUCUCUCUCUCUCUCUCUCUCGUUCUCUCCGAGUCUCUCUCUCUCUCUCUCUCUCUCUCUCUCUCUCUCUCUCUCUCUCUCUCUCUCUCUCUCUCUCUCUCUCUCUCUCUCUCUCUCUCUCUGAGUCCAGAUGCGUCGUGCUCUCCAGUCGGUGGAUGAUCUGAGCAGCUGAGCAGCAGAACUUGUGGGAGAUCUUGGAGCAGAUCUGCGCUUCUCUCAGGCCAUGCCGAAUCCACUGGAGAAAGUCGUGGCGCAGAAGAAGGAGGCCAUCGAGGCCGUGAUGGAGACUUUUGAGAGAGGGUCGGAGGUGCUGGCCAGCGCAGUGGGGGAGCUGUUUCCACUGUGUGAAGUUGCUGCUCCGGUGGUGAGACUGGCUCUGGAUAAUGUCCAGAGCAAGGAGGUGGUCUACGUGAAAGAACAGUUCCUAGCAGUGAGGAACAAGCUUGACGUGCUUUCCAAUCAGCUGGAGGACAUCGACUGCGAGAUUAAGAAGGGUCGACUGGACUACCAGUACUUCUCUGUGGAGGAGAACAUACGCAACCAGUUCCGCAAGUACUUGGACAUCUUGGAGGCCAAGCCUCAGUUCCGUGAGGUGAAAAAAAGGUUGUUUUUGGAGCAUUUUAGCAAAACGGGUGGAGAGAAGAAUCUCUACGAUCUUUAUGAUGCUUUAAUGGGGAGCAGCACCUUUGGAGGGUCUGUUCUGGAGGUUGUGGAGGAAUAUGAGGCUAGAAACAGGAGGGUUCUGGAGGAUUUCUGCGUAAGGAUGAAGGAACUCUACUGCUUGGGCUUGAUCGCCUUGCUGGGUCACUGUGCUCUUACCCAAGGCGAAGACGUGGAGCAGGAGAAGAUUCAAGAAUGGAGCGAGAAGAUUCAAGAGGUUGAGACCAAGAUGAAGGCCAGCAUUGAAGAAUGUGUGGCGUUCUUCGCUGAACAAGCAAAGCUGGACGUCCAGAGGUUGAUCCAGGAGAAGGAAGACAAGAGUCUUCAGGACAUCGCCCAGGAGCUCCUCACUUUCCUGGUCAGGAAGUACGAUUGGGUCAGCUGGUCGGUGCGCGUCAUCAACCACUCUGGAAGCAGCUACCGCAACUGGAGAGCAGGCGACAACUUCCAGUACGUGAUUGGUCAGAGCUGGUUCGACGUUCUGCAGGUGAACGACACUAACGUGGUGGUGUCCUACUGCAGCAACCCCCAGCCUCUUCCCAAAGAAAGCAUCCAGCAGCUGAUGGACGGUCCUGCUAAGAAAGGAGACGCCAAAGCUGUGGCGGAAACUCUGGAGAAGCAACUGCCUGGUUUUGUUGUCCACGCCGUGAGUCGUCAUAAGGAGAGUCACGCAGUGUGGAACUUUCCAGAGGAGUGUCAUCACUGGGAUAGACAUAAAAAUGUCAGCUUGUGUGUGCAUUCAGAUGAUUCAUGAAGCUUAUUAACUGUAUAUAUAAUUAAACAUAUACAUAUAUGAGAGAUGUAAUGAUAAGCAAAAUGCUAAAAUCUUGUCUUGGUCCUAUACAUUCUUGAAUACUAGUUAAAUAAGCAGUGCCUGUGACUUCAUAUGAGACUUCAUAUGUUCAUAUGUUAAUGUUAAUAUAUAUAUACACUGAUCAGCCAAAACUUUAAAACCACCUGACCAAUAUUGAGUAUCCUCCAAUAGUUUGAUAAACAUUUUAUCACUUCUGAAGGUGUUCUGUGGUAUCUGGCACCUAGACUAACUUUAGCAGCAGAUCCUUUAAAGGAGAACUCUGGUGUAAAAUAGACUUUUGUUGUAGUAAAACAUGAUAAAAAGUACUUACCUUUGAUGAAUAGCACACCUCCAUUCUCCCACAGCGUUCCAAACAAACUAUUGGACAAACUGUUAGAAUUUCUGGAUCUCGGAACCCUGUGGGAGAACAAAGGUGUGCUAUUUAUCAAAGGUAAGUACUUUUUAUCAUGUAUUACUACAACAAAAGUCAAUUUUCCCAUGAGCCUUUCUCCAGUUGGGACCAUACUGGGUAGGUACUAAAUACUGCAUACUGGAAACACCCUACAAGAAUUUAUUGAUGUUUUGUAGAUGUUCUGAUCCAGUGAUUUACCCAUCACAAUUUGGCUUUUGUCAGAGUGUCUCAGAUUUGUAGGCUUGACAUCUUCAAAAUCUGACUGUUCACUUGUGCCUGACUUUGUUAAAAUUACAUUUUUCUUGUGGAACUUUUAGGGGUUCUUCAGAUUCUUCAAAACUGUGUAGGAAUAACUUAAUGUGCUUUUGGGAAGAUUUUCCUCGAAGCAACUUCAGGGGUUCCUCCACACAGUCCCUUAAGGAAUGUAUACAUUUAACAGUGAGAUGCCACCUCUAUCAGGUGCCACUGUCAAUAAACAUAAUCAGUGUUUCUGUUCACCUUUCAAUAGGGAAAACUGAAGAACAUUUUGGCGAUACACACUGUCUGGCCAAAAAAAAAUCACCUCCUGGAUUUAACUAAGCAAACAGAUAAGAGCCUCCUAUUGGAAAAUUACUGCAUGGGUGCAUUUGUUUCGCUAAACUUUCAUAAGGGUCAAAUUAUUGUCAUGCAUCUAAGCAUCUAAGGAGAUACUGCUGAAACUACUAAAAUCAGGUUAAGAGCUGUCUAAUACAUUAUUUAAAAAUGUAAAAGGACAGUUCCAUUUUGGAAUGUGUUGGAGAAGACCAUGUGCAGUGUUCCAAAUCUCCCAUCAGCAGUAAAAGAUCUUGGGGAAAAUGUAUGCAACUGUGAACAGAAAUAAAUCUUUAUUUAAAGAUAUCAAAGCUAAAAGUGGUUAAAUUCCAAAUUCUAAUCUUUCACUUUCAAAUCUAGUUAUAUAGUACAUAUUGAAAUCUCCUUAUAAACUCUUUAUAUGAAUGUGUAUAAAAUAAAAAACACUACUGUUAAGUGUUAACUAAUAAGAGGGUUAUGACAAGGUAUAUGACUGCAUUAUUAACAUUUAUUCAUGUUCUGUAUGUAAAUAUAUUGGGUUGGUUUCCCAGACAGUUAUUAAGCCUAGUCCUACGCUAAAAUCUUCCUUUCAAAAAAAGGUCCUGAUUUACUAGACUCUUAUGCAGUAUAUGACUAGACUAAAUCCCUGUCUGGGAAACAAACCCAUAGUGUUAUAACCGUACUAACACUAGCUAAUCUGCUUGUUAACAUAAUCAUAAUCUACAUGUGUCUUGUUAUAAACCCUUUCAGACCCUGAAUCCAUCACAAUUUUUAAAUGUUUUGCUGCGUAUAACACUAUUUGAGAGCUGUUGUCCAUCAGAAUAGACCAGCCAAUGAACAAGUUUAUAAACCAAUUACACAGUAACUUGGCCCAUUGAGGCAAAGUAACAGAUAUUUUUUACUAAUUUAAUGUGAUUUAGAACACUUAUAAUCAUUAUUUUUGUUGUUUUGGGACGUUUAUAAAAUAAAAAGGUCAGUAUGAAAUAUAAAAUAUUGUACACAGGGUUCCAAUGCAAUGGAAAU